AUGGAUAUUAAAUGGCUAAAACGAUACCGUUUGUUCUGCAUCGGAGGCUUUAUCAUUCUAUGUGUUCAGAUUGUGUUAGCAUUUGUAUUCUUUUCCAUUCAAGAGUAUUCAGUCGUAGAGGAAUUUUCACCUAACUCGUUAAAAAGAUUGAAGAAUGUAGCUGAUUAUGGUACUGGGGAUGACGACGAGUCUAGCUAUAACAAUGUUCCUAGUGGUAGCAAUCAUCGUAACAAACUACCACCAGAUAAAGAUAAUAGUGCAUCAUCAAAUGAAUAUUAUAAUAAAGCGCUUCAACAACGCCACAACUAUAAGACUGAUAACUUUAGAGUACUAAGAUUAGAUGAAUUAGGAUUCAUACCGCCAUGUGAUAUAAGUGGGCGUGAGUCUGUAUCAGCAUUACAUCGUGCAAAAUCUCAAUUUUGUAAACAAAUCAUAGCAAACAUAUCGUGUCUAAUGAAGACAAAUCCACCAUAUCCUAAACGACUGCCUCAUCAGUGCCCAACUAAUGAUAUAAAAAAUAAUAAAACACUAGGAUGUUUUCGAGAUGGUAAGGAAUUUAAAUUAUUGCCUGGGUAUAAGACUACACUUAUACAUACUAAUUCACAAGAUUAUUGUUCGGAUUUAUGUCUUCAAUCUGGUUUUGUUUAUGCUGGAGUUGAAUAUGGGACUGAAUGCUUUUGUGGUAAUGAAACCCCAGAAUGGGAUUUAAAACUUUCAGAUACAUUUUGUGAUAUGCAAUGUCCAGGCAACCAAAGUCAAAUGUGUGGUGGACAUUAUACUAUUAAUGUUAUCAAAACUGGUGUUUCUAAAUUUGUUGCCAGAGUAGCUUCUGAACCUUUACCAAAUUUACAAUAUGAUAAAUCUCCUGUGCGAAUAGUAUUUCUUUUAACACUGAAUGGAAGAGCUGUUAGACAAGUUUAUCGAUUGAUUAAAGCACUUUUUCAUCGUGAUCAUUAUUUUUUUAUACACGUAGAUGCAAGACACGAUUACAUGUUUAGAGAAUUAUUAAAAGUUGAACUAGCAUUGAGUAAUAUUCGAUUGUCACGACGAAGACAUUCAACUAUCUGGGGAGGCGCUUCUUUAUUAUCUACUUUAAUGGAUGCUAUGUCAGAUCUGGUUCAGUCUUCUUGGGAUUGGGAUUUUGUUAUCAAUCUUAGCGAGUCUGAUUUUCCUAUUAAGUCAAAUGAUAAAUUAGUAAAGUUUUUAACUAUGAAUCGUGAACAUAACUUUGUCAAAUCUCAUGGUCGUGAAGUUCAACAAUUCAUUCAAAAACAAGGACUAGAUAAAACAUUUGUUGAGUGUGAAGCAAGAAUGUGGCGUGUUGGAGAGAAAGAAUUACCAAAAGGCAUUAUUUGGGAUGGUGGGAGUGACUGGCUAGCAUUAUCAAGAUCUUUUGUCGAUUAUCUAGUUACUGGUGAUCCUCUUAUUUCUGGCUUGUUACAAUUUUUCAAGUAUACUCUAUUACCAGCUGAAUCAUUUUUUCAUACUGUCUUAAGAAAUUCACCUUUUUGUGAAACUUAUAUUGAUAAUAAUUUACAUGUUACUAACUGGAAGAGAUGGCUUGGCUGUAAAUGUCAAUAUCGCCAUGUUGUCGAUUGGUGUGGUUGUAGCCCAAAUGUUUUUCGAUAUGAAGACUGGAACCGUAUUAAGAAUACUGAAAAAAAGCAAGUUUACUUUGCUCGUAAAUUUGAACCAAUUAUCAAUUUAUCUAUAUUAGAUACACUUGAAGUUUGGUUAUAUGGAGAAUAUCCCACAGAUCUUAAAAACCGAAUGAGUUAUUGGCAAAAUGUAUACCAUUAUGAAGAUAUACAUCCAGCACCUGAUGAAUCAUUGCUUAAAAUUGGAACUAGUCUUGCAAGAAUUGCAACAAAACUUCUAACUACUUCACAAACAACUUGCCAAAUCCGUAGUCUUGAUAAGUUACUACAGGUUUUCACUUACCAUCAUAAAGAUCAAUUUAGAGGAUUUUUGAUUCAAUAUGAAGUCAUUGUUUCAAAUAGUUCUACUAAACUUCUUCUAGAAAGUUGGUGUUGGCCAAAACUCCAAGGAAUUAUUAUACAUAAUAGAGAUCCCAUUAAUAGAUUAUUGAAUUUUAUUGUCAGUUCAGAUUUUGAUCAAAAAGAACAAAUGUCAAGAGAUUUUAUACGUAUUAUAAGCCCUCACACAGACCCUGUAUUAAUACACCAAUGGGGACUUGGUGACCAAAGUUUUAUAGUUACAUUUUUGUGGUUAAAUCCUUAUGGCGAAUUGGCUAAUGUUACAUCUGUAAAAAUUGAUGGAUCAGCUUUAAUAAAAUUUGUGAAACCAACUUUAUUAACACCUUUGUCACAAGGAAUAUGGACAGUAUUAUUAGUUUAUGAAAAUGUGACUAUGGCAUAUACUCAAUUUCUAGUUACUCCAUCACAAACCAAUAGAGAAACAUCCAUAUCUGCUAGUCAAAUAAGCUUUAUAAGUAAAAGUCACAAUUAUGAACAGUCCCUUUACGAGUGGGAAAAUGUGAUAAAAGUUUUUAAAAAUACAAUAAAAUUUGAAAUGAAAAAUAACAUUAAUGAUCAUUUGAAAACUAAAAUGACCAGUUGGAUUGAUAGUCUUAUUUUAAGUGCUUACAGCAUUUUAGAGACCUGUAUUGUGAUUCCAUGUAAAUCUAUUGGUGAUUGUGGUCUUAAAAACUUGGUUACAUGUGCUGAAACAUCAUGGAGUUCUUAUUCACCUGAUCCAAAAUCAGAAAUAAUAUCAAUUAAUAAAGAAUUUGGAACUCUAAACCGAUAUUAUUAGACUGACAUAGUGCCAUAUCAUUACAAGUUAUACCAUUUCUAUCUUAACCUUAUUUUUAUUUGCUUAAUUUUAUUUUAUUUAAUAAAUUACUUUAGAUAUUUUUUAAAGUUUAACAAUUGUUGACCCACCUCUAAGUUAUCAUACAUUUGCUAAAAAUUAAUUCACAAUUAUUCAAUUUUUGUAAAUGGCAAGAAAUCCACAUUAUUUUUUUAACACAUAGAAUUAAUGUAAUGGUUUGUGAUCAAAUGUUUUAUGCUUACAUUAAUUACGUUAACAUUGAUUUAAUGAA